AUGACUUCUCACGAACAACCCCAGGAUCCGACAGAUGCCAAACAAGAAAUUGCAUCCAAAAUAAAACACAUUCUUGAUGGAACUUGUUUUGCCGCAUCGGAUCUUCGAAGACUGUCCGGAGGUACGGCCAACUUUAUGUAUCAUGCUACUCUCAAGCAAUCAUCAUCCAGAGAUAAAUACCAAGAUGGCGUCGUGGUCAAACAUGGCGAGGGCUAUGUUGCAAGCUAUCCAUCAUUCAAGAUAUCAACAUCCAGAUGUGCCGUCGAGUACGAAUCUCUUAUUCAUCUCGCCGCACUCCCUCCAUUACAAACUCCGCAUUGUAUGAUAUCAACGCCAAAGACCUAUUACUUCAACCAAGACACCAACACUCAGGUUCAGGAAUACCUCCCUCACGCUCUUUCUCUCAAGGAAUACGCUCUUGAGCACUACUCCCCCUCCACUCAAACACACAAGCCACAAUGUGAUCAGCUCGGCCACGCUCUAGGAGCUUGGCUUCGUGCGUUCCACGGCUGGAGCCAAGAACCUGAGCAAGCUGCCAUGCGUGAGGCGUUUGCGGGGAAUAAGGACGGACAGGGUCUUAAAAGCAUAAUCAAUUACCAGCGGCUGCUGCAGAUGGUCUAUCAGCAUCCAGAUGUUCUUGGCGAUGCAAGGGACGUUCUCCAGGGUGUCAGCGAUCUAGCGGCCGGGGAGCUUCUCAAUGAAACAGAUCUCUGCCCUAUCCACGGCGAUUUCUGGACUGGAAAUGUCUUGAUUUCCGAUGUUCCUGUAACAGACGGUGGCCGCAUCCCCGUCCGCGUCGUCGACUGGGAAAUGUCCCAGCUUGGUGUUCGACCUGUUGAUCUUGGUCAGUUCAUCGCUGAGCUCUGGUCGCUGAAGCUGUACAGAAACAUAGAUGCUGGUGAGUGGCUAAUCCGGGCUUUCGCUGCCGGUUACGGUUUAGUAGACGAUACCUUUGCCUACCGUGCAAUUAUCCAUGUCGGUAUUCAUAUCAUUUGCUUUGGGAGCUAUUGGUCUAUAACGCCAGGAGAAUUGAGCGAAGCUGAGCAGCGAAAAAUCAUGAUCAAGAUAGGUAAAGAGGUUAUACUCAAGGCUUGGAGUAGAGAUCGAGAGUAUUUCCGAGGACAUCUUCUUGGUUGUUUGUUCGGUUAG